ACACUUUUGGUUUUUUCUUUCACUCUUUGCCUUGGUGUUGGCAAAGAAAACUUCGAUGGGAAUCGAUUUGAUCAGACCGACGGAGGACCGGAGACACACAUUCAACGCUGGGCGCGUUGAUACGACAGAGCACGGGGUUGCUUUUUGGAUUCACUCCAAGCGGAGCGGAUCGUGUAGGAUACACGUAUUGCAGAGCAGUCACCAUGGUCCUAGUGGACCGUAGGAGCAGAUCCAACAUUGGGUGUUGGAUAGAUUGUGAGAGCUUCGAUCGGGGAGUUGAGCACCGCAUAGACCAGUUGGCUGGUCGUGAGAAGGUAUCGUUCCCAGGAUGGGGUUGUUGCACGCGCUGCUUUCAAGGGCGGGAAGCCCUGUUUAAGGCGGAGCAGUCGAUGGAGUCGGCUCAGACAGGUGUUCUGUUGCUGUAUCCGUGGAGAACGGAUUUGACGUCGAGAGACUUUAGACGGGCCUUCGAGCAGAAGGUGGACGUGCUGUAUAGUAGCCAGGGGGGCUUGCGAAAAGUGUGCUUUUCUUUCUGCGUUGAUCCGCCGUGCUUGCCCGAGAGAGGCAAGGGAGAGCCACAUCCGGGGGUGUUUGUGCUGGUGUUGGCCGCCAGACCCGUUUGUUUCCUUCAGUCGGUAGCUGAGACAUGGGAUAUGUCGUUCCAUUUGUCGUUGGAAACAUGGAGGACGAGUCCGAUGGUGCAGUACUGCACGGGCGUGGUGUGUGAGCACCCGGAAGCUGGCUUUGUGUCGUGGGCACGACUCCGCUUCACGUGGUUGUGUGUCAACCGCAAGGUCUCUUUCGGCGGAGAGAUGCCGAUGCCGACCUGGCUCAGGACGGAGUUCCGACUAUGCUCUAGGAGAGUGCAGGGGCAGGUGCGCGCCCUUGUUUGACCGGAGAGGAGUACUGGGAGAGUGUUGGCAGACUGACAGAGGGGAAGGUUGAGCGACUGAGAAGGAGUGCACGGUGAUGUGUAGGCCGAGAGGCACGGGGCGUGGAGCCCGGCGGACCUGGAAAGGCUCCAGUAGUGAUACGUUUAUAGUAAUACCUGAUUGUGAAUUGAUUUGACUUGAUUUAACUUGA